AUGCCGAUCCCUCAACCCCACGGUGGCGAGCUUCUCGACCUCGUCCAGCGCGAUGCCUCUAAGCGGGACCAGCUCCUCGCCGAAGCGAAGCUGUUGCCGCAACUCGUGUUGACGCCCCGCCAGUUGUGUGACUUGGAAUUGUUGUUGAACGGUGGGUUUUCUCCCCUUGACGGGUUCUUGAACCAGGACGACUACGAGCUGGUGGUGUCGGAAAUGAGAUUGGCGCUGAAAAUCAACCCUGCCACCGGUAAGGGCUACUUGUGGCCGAUCCCGAUCACGCUUGAUGUCGAUGCUGCCUCGGCCCAAUCGCUCAAACAAGGUGAAAGAGUGGUGCUCGUUGAUUUGAGAGAUGAGACCCCCUUGGCCAUUUUGACGGUGGAACUGGUGUACCAGCCCAAUAAGCAAGUCGAGGGCGAAAAGGUGUUCAGAGGCGACCCGGAACACCCCGCGGUGAAAUACUUGCACGAGACCGCUGGCGACUGGUACGUGGGUGGUAAGUUGCAAGGGCUCAACUACCCCAAGCACUACGACUACACCGAGUUCCGUAAGACCCCCCAGGAAUUGAGACAAGAAUUCUCGAGAUUGGGGUGGGACACGAAGAAGAUCGUCGCUUUCCAAACGAGAAACCCCAUGCACAGAGCCCACAGAGAACUCACGGUGAGAGCGGCUAACGAUUUGGGCGAGGGCGAAGGCCAGAUUUUGAUCCACCCCGUGGUCGGUCUCACCAAGCCUGGCGACAUCGACCACCACACCAGAGUGAAAGUGUACCAGCAAAUCCUCAAAAAGUACCCCGACAACUUGGCUACCCUCUCGCUUUUGCCCCUCGCCAUGAGAAUGGGUGGGGACAGAGAAGCCUUGUGGCACGCUUUGAUCAGAACCAAUUACGGGGUCGACCAUUUCAUUGUUGGUCGUGACCACGCUGGGCCCGGUAAGAACUCGGCCGGGGUUGAUUUCUACGGUCCUUACGACGCUCAAGAGUUAUUGGCUCAAUACGAAGACGAAUUGGAAAUCAAAAUCGUCCCCUUCCGCAUGGUCACUUACUUGCCGGACGAAGACCGCUACGCUCCCAUCGACACCAUCGACACUCUGAAAGUGAAGACGGCCAACAUCUCCGGCACCGAGUUGCGCAACAAGUUGCGUACCGGCGACGACAUCCCCGAGUGGUUCUCGUACCCCGAGGUGGUGAAGAUCUUGAGAGACACCAACCCGCCGAGAUCAAAGCAAGGGUUUGUCAUUGCCAUCGACAACAGCGACAAGAAGGGCGACUACUUGGGCCACGCCCUCGAGGCGACGUUGAACCAGUUCCCGGGGAGAAAGAUCACUAAGGUCGACGCCACCAAGUACGACGCGUUUAUCAUUAGUGAACUUGUGCGUGCCGGGGCUGGUGUCAUUGCCACUGGCCCUCAGGCGCUGGUAUCGGCGGCGGCGACCGCUGUCGGCAGCGGCAACUCGUACGCUCCGGACUUGUCCGGGUCGUUGGAAGACGCCGUCGAACUGACGGUGGCGUUCUUGAAGGAACAAGGGUUCUACUAA